AUGGGUUCCACCGAGAAGAAGCAACUCAUCAUCAAUGCAUUCGCCAUGCACUCCCCCGCACACUUGAAUCCAGGUCUAUUCCGCUACCCAACCGACAAGGGCUCCGAGUACAAGAACAUCAAGUACUGGAUUGCGCUCGCCAAAAAGCUCGAAGAUGCCAAAUUCCACGCUAUCUUCUUCGCCGAUGUCCUGGGCGGCUACGAUGUCUACAAGGGACCUGCCAAUCUGGACCCGACCAUUCCAGCCGGCGCGCAAUUCCCGAUCAACGACCCCCUGUACAGCAUUCCCGCCAUGGCAGCUGCAACGGAGAGUAUUGGCUUCGGCGUCACCGCCUCAACCACCUAUGAUGCACCCUACGCUCUCGCCCGCCGCUUCUCAACCGUCGACCACCUCAGCAACGGUCGGAUUGGCUGGAACAUUGUAACAUCAUACCUCGACUCUGCAGCGCGGAAUUUCGGUCUGAACACCCAGGUUGAGCACGAUGAGCGCUACCGCAUUGCCGACGAAUACCUCGAUGUCACCUAUAAACUUUGGGAAGCCUCGUGGAGAGACGAUGCGGUGACAUGGAGACAAGAGGCCUCGAAGAAUGGUCCGCCGGAGGGUGCGCUGGGCCAUUAUGCUAACCCGAAAGCUGUUCGUCAGAUCAAUCACAAGGGGAAAUACUUCGAAGUGCCCGGCCCUCACCUGUGUGAGCCCAGUCCGCAGCGAACACCAUUCCUCCUUCAGGCAGGAACAUCAACUGCCGGCAAGGCCUUCGCAGCAAAACACGCCGAGGCCGUUUUCCUCCACGCGCAGAAGCCGGAGUUGGUGCGCCCUUCGGUUGACAGCAUUCGUCAACAGGCGGCUGAUCUAGGCCGUAACCCGCAAGAUAUCAAGGUGAUCGCUGGGGCGCUGGUCAUUGUGGCUGAGACCGACGAGGAGGCUCAAGCCAAGUUCGAUGAACUAAAAUCGUACGGUGAUCGUGAAGGUGCUCUGGCUCUAUUUGGAGGCUGGACUGGCUACGACUUGUCGACCUAUACCGAUGACCAGGACUUCCGGUUUGUGGAGCAGCCCGCUGUCCGGAGUAUGGUUAAUCACUGGGCAAGCACCGUGCCCGGAACCGAGGGUCAAAAGUGGGAUAAGAAAACAAUUGCAGAUUAUUUGACUCUGGGUGGUAACGGUGUCAAGAUUAUUGGUAGUGUGGAGACGGUUGCAGAUGAGCUGGAGCGAUGGGUCUCCGUUGGCGAUGUGGACGGAUUCAACCUCAGUUAUGCCAGUCUUCCCGAUACAUUUGACGAUGUUAUUCGCCUUCUUUUGCCGGAGUUACAGAGCCGCGGUCUUUUCUGGUCGGAUUAUGCCGUGAAGGGAGGAACUUUCCGGGAGAAUGUAUAUGGAAAGCAGGGCCAGUCAAGACUCCCAGAGUCGCACCCCGGGGCAAAGUACUUUUGGCGACAGGGCGAGGAGGUACCUCCCUACAGCCUGGAAGAGGCGCAAUAA